CAUCCCUUGACAUGUUUGCCUUCCCGCGGCGCCAUCCGGCGGUGAUGCUGGAAUGCUGGAACUGUUAUUUGAAAAUUAAAACGUGCCAUUGCGCUACGAUUGUUCAGUGCAUUUCUUGCCUACCUUAGAGGGCGGUUUGGUGCUAAUAAAUCCAGGAUGGAUGUUGUUUCGGAAUUUAAUGGCGAUAUUAUCGAAUUCAAGGACGAUGGAGCGCGACUGCACGGUAUUUUCCCCUUCACAGCCGCUUUGAGAAAGGAGAAUCCGGCGUUAGUGAUUGACAACGGCUCGUGGCAGAUUCGCGCUGGCUGGUCAACCGACUCCCAUCCAGCCUUUGCCUUCUACAAUUUGUUAGCCAAGCAUAAGGGAAAGAAAGGGGAUCUGGAGCCCGUAUUUAUCGGGAACGACCUGCGCCCUAUCGAAGCGCUGCGCUGGAUGGUUCGGUCGCCGUUUGACGGCAACGUUGUGGUGCAGUAUGAUUAUCAGGAAGCGAUCUUUGAUUAUGUUUUGGCCAGUUUGGGACUAUCGGAGGAGCAGAAGCUGGAAAUGCCGCUUGUUAUAACCGAGCCUUUGCUCAAUCCGCUAUACUGCCGGAAACAUAUGAGCGAGCUUCUGUUCGAGUGUUAUGCUUUUCCGCAUGUGGCCUACGGCGUUGAUGGUGCCUUCAGCUUCUACAAGAAUUUCCAAGGAACAGGAGAUGGGAUAGUUAUUAAUGCUGGGAACGUAUGCACUCACAUCAUUCCCAUUCUGAAUGGCCAGAUGGAUAUCGGCCAUGCUCGUCGCAUUGAUCUCGGAGGACUGAAUAUGACUCUGUACAUGCAACGUCUACUGCAGCUGAAAUAUCCGGUGCAUGCAGCUAGCAUUACCAUUUCCAGAAUGGAGGAGAUAGUUCACGGUUACUGCUUUUUCGCUGAUAAUUAUGCAACGGAACUGGCGAAGUGGCGUAGCAAGGGACACCAUAGGAGUUCGGUUUUGUACUUCCAGUUGCCAUUCCAGGCUGCUGGUCCUCCUGCUGCGACACAAGAGGAAAUCGAUGCUCGUCGUGAAGAAAACGCUCAGAGGCUGCGUGAAAUGAAUCGCAAGCGGCGUUUGGAAAAACUUAAAGAGGAGGAAGAGCGACGCGAAAAACUGUUGAAUCUCCAGGAGCAGUUGAACACGAAAGGCCUAAAACAGGCUAAAGAGGAACUUAAAGCAUUGAGGGUGAAAUCGAUGGAAGCGCUGCAAACAGAGGUUGCUCAGCUGACUUCCACGAUUGAGCGUACUCGAGAGCGACUGGAGCAAAAGCCGGUUGCAGAGCCGAAUGCGGCCAGCGCUGAGCAGCCCAUGGAUCCGGAAACCGUUGCCGUUUAUGUUGCAGAUUUGAAGGAACAACGCCACCGACUCCACGAACAAAAAAUCCAGCGCAAACAGAGAAAACUGGAACUAGGAAAACGCCGUAGUUAUGCUUCCCAACAGCGCAUGAAAAUUCUUACACAGUUGGCAAGCGGGCGGACGGGUAAGAAAACCAAGAAAGAGGACACCUUUGGAAAAAAUGACGAGGAUUGGUUGGUGUAUAGAGAAAUUAAUAAAGAAGCAGGUGAAUCUGACUCUGAAGAAGAGCGAAUGCAGAUGGAGGAAAUUGAAAGUCUUUUGUUGAAAUACGAUCCCGUAUUUCGAAAAGAGUACGAAAAAUCUCAGGCUAUCGCAGCCGGCGUCCCGCCCAAGUCGCCCGAAUACUACCGGUUAGAAGUUGGCGUUGAACGAUUUAGGGUUCCAGAAAUUCUUUUUCAGCCAUCACUGGUUGGCAUUGAUGAAAUGGGUAUUUUGGAUACGCUGGAAUAUUUAUUUAGCGAAUACCCCGAAGAUAUUCAAAAGCGACUGGUCCAGAAUGUGUUUUUAACUGGUGGAUGCACGAAUCUUCCGGGCAUGGAUCAACGACUGCAAAAUGAACUUGCCAGUUGUCUCCCUUAUGACACGCCUUUUAAUAUUGUCCAAGCUGCCGAUUCCACGGACGAUGCAUGGGCGGGAGCGUCUUUAUGGGCGCGGAACACAACCAUAGAAGACGGUUAUCUUAGCAAACAAAUGUACUUAGAAAAUGGCCCAGGAUUUUGUAAAGAGCAUCCUCUCAGUAAUAAGUAUCGUCUUCCCCCUGUACGACCGGUAGAAGCUGCUGAAGCCAAAAAACAGAGCGGAAGCAAAGGGAAGUGAUUCCCUUAUGUGCAAAAUAAUUCCUGAGAAACCCCAAUGGGUGGUCGAAUUUUCCGUUCCGACGUCUGCGAUCUCAGUUUUCAUGUUUAACUUUUUGUAAGCAGACGAAAUGGUUUUAUUGAAUCAAACUUGUAUUCGAUCUAUAUUGUAUUUGUAUUGUUCAAGUGUUUUAUCGCAGCGCUCAAAAUAAACGCGCUGUACGGUG